AUGCAGAAGUCUGAUGUGUCCAAACGUCGAGCACGCAAGAAAGAGUGCGCAGACCUGGACGCUGAGGCUGCUUCGGCGCUUUGUGGACCUCAUUCCUCAAGUUACCGCGGACCACGCACACGACAACACUCCAGCGACCUGCAUCACGCCCCAAGCUCUGCGGAUGAGCCGGAUGAGGUGGCGUGUACCUGUUGGAUCCAUGGCUGUGCACGCGAAGGACGUGUCGAGCGCGCGUUGAACUUGCUCGAAGAUCUUCUCGAGUGCGGCUUGACCCCGUCGCUCGUGACGUACAACACGUUAAUCAAUGCGUGUGCCAAGUCGCACUAUUACGCACACAAGGCUGUCGAGCUCUACAACGAGAUGCAGGAACUGUACGACUACACGCCCGAUCUGUACUCGUACACGACGGUACUGCACGCGUGUGCCAAGCAUGGAGACUUUAUCCAAGCCGAGCAGAUCAUUCGACACAUGGAACGGCAUCAUGUACCCAUGACCGAGUUCGUGUAUAACACGCUGUUUAACGUGUACGCACGCGCUCAGUUUCGCGCUAUUGUGGACAAGGCUCCGCGGAAUCAGAAGCCAUUGCCCAAAGCUGAACCCAUUUACCAGGAGCCACUGGAAUGGGACGACGACGGGAAGGAAAUCGACUUGACACGUCCAGGAAAGAAGACGUUCUCGCUAGAGAAUGCCAACUACGAUGGACGCUUUGACGAGGAGGGCGAGGACGAGGACGAAAGGGACGAAAGGGACAGCUACAAGCUCAGUCCAGAGGCCUUGGCACAAGUGGAAGCGUUGCGUCAGCAGGAUGAGUCCAGUCACGAAGAAGUGAAGAAGGCCGAGUCGACGGCACUGGUCAAGACGGAGCGGAGUAUGGAAGUCUAUGGCCAAGAGGACGACAAGCUGUUUGCUGACAGUGAGGAAUCGCUGGACUUUGAGCUGACGCCGAUGGACUUGACAGACUUUGGCCAGUUCCAGACGCUCAACAUCAAGCGUGCGGAGGUUCGGUUCCAUGAAAUGACCUUCGAGAAGGGUCUCAAGCCGUCUCGGACGACGUUGAACUCGAUGCUGGGCGUGUACACGAAUGCGCUGCGUCUUCGCUCGGCCGAAGUCUUCAUGGACGAGACGUUCUCCAAGUUCGAGCUCAAGCCCAACAAGUUCACGUACCGUAGUAUGAUGCAGAUGUACGUGCGCGCGAAGCGGACGACUCAAGCGGAGCAGUUGCUGGAGCGUGUGCGUUCGGAGAUCGAGAGCGGAGAUGUGGAGGCGGACGAGGUGACAUUCGGCUUGCUGGUGGACAAUUACGCCAGGAAACGCUUGCUGCGUCGCGCGCUCACGACUCUGGAAGACGCAGACGCGCUGGGGCUGCAGCUGCAGGAGAAGCAUCUGAAGAAGAUCCGCGCUCUGACGGAGAAGUACGGCGUCUUUACGGAUCUCAUUUCAGAGAACCCGAACGCGGUGCUUCUCGCUAGCUCUCGCUACAAACUCAUGGAGAAGCGGAAGGUGCGUGCCCAAGUGUUGGAGUACAACCGCAAGAUCGGGAAGCGCUUUCUUCUUCCGGAAACCAUCUACUAG